GGCUCCUGCCCCGGAAGAUGGGAGUUCGCAGUGCCGGUGUGAUAAAGUACCAGUUAUUGACAUCCUUGCCGGUGGACAGGCGUCACAUUUCGGGCGUACGAGAGAGCGGCUUGUUGAAAUUUCAAGGUUUGGAUCACUAGCACGGUGAAGUAACUGUCCGUACUGCUUGACACCAGUCUCUGGAUAGCCCGAGGAUCUGAAUGGACAAGAGGACCAGAAAUUUAUAGGAAGCCAGGCCAAGGUAGACCAGACAAACCCAGUGCCGACUUCAGUAUGCCAGUUAAAAAAAAGAGAAAGUCAUCCGGCUCCGAUGAUCCCGGACUCAGGAAAUGCAAAAUUACCAAUUUUUGUAGGACAUCUACUUCGGGUAGGUUGAUCAGUCCUGAAGACCACUUUUCCAGCAAGAAGUGCCUUUCCUGGUUUUAUGAGUAUGCAGGCCCAGAUGAGGUUGUUGGACCAGAAGGCAUGGAGAAGUUCUGCGAGGAUAUUGGAGUUGAGCCUGAAAACAUUGUUAUGUUAGUCUUAGCCUGGAAACUCGAUGCACUAAAUAUGGGCUUUUUCACUAAAGAGGAAUGGAUGAAGGGAAUGACUUCGUUACAAUGCGACAGCAACGAGCGUUUGCAGGAGAAGCUUGACUACUUGAGGUCGCAGCUCAAUGACACGGCUGCAUUUAAAAACAUCUACAGAUAUGCCUUUGAUUUCGCAAGGGAUAAAGACCUGCGCAGUCUUGAUAUGGACACAGCCAAAUCCAUGCUAGCUUUGCUUCUGGGCCGCACUUGGCCGCUGUUCCCAGUUUUUCACCAGUUUUUGGAGCAAUCCAGGUACAAAGUGAUGAAUAAGGACCAAUGGUACAACGUAUUAGAAUUCAGCAGGACUGUCCAGGCAGAUCUUAGUAACUAUGAUGAAGAUGGAGCUUGGCCGGUGCUGUUGGACGAGUUUGUUGAAUGGCAGAAGGUUCGACCUGCAUUGUAGCAGUGAAGGCUGAUGAAAAUAAGAUGCACAGCAUGGGAAUCGGUGUGCCCUUCCUCGCUCCAGCAGCACUCCUGCAAGGACUGCUGUUACAUCCCACUAGACACUUCACUCUUUGCCCCCAAAUGACUGCAUCAGGCUUGUAUAUCCACAUGGGGGCGCUGUCUUAGUUUGACCCAGUCUGGGGCCAUGAUUACAAAACCAGUGUUGGAACAUCAUUUGGGCUUUGUGUUUUGCUUUAGUUGAUUUUAGUCCCAUCUUUGUUAAUAAAAUGUUUUUGGUAAUGGGAAUAAAGAAUGGACUUGCUAGCUUUGGGAUUGUGGUGGUAUGGGGAAUGGGCCUUCUGUACAGUCUAGUGACCCUGCUGUGGGACACAUGCCAAACUGCUUUUACCAUGUUGUAUAAUGCUGGGAAGCAUUUACCUGUGGGCAAUGAGGCGAUUGCUCCCAAAGCUCCUGUGUAAUUUCUUCCUGUUACCAUGGAGUGACCCCAAUACUUAGAGACCUCUAAGUUACACUGAUCAUCGCCGUUAUCUCCUGAGUAUUUAAUCUGUGAUUAUAUUGUUGUGUUGGGUGUGACCAUUCUUUUGCUUGUGUAUUUGACCCAGGGAUGAAGUACUUGAUAGAUUUUUUAAAAUAUGUUAAUUUCGCUUAUUUCCUCUGGUAUGGUAAGAAAUAAACUACCAACAGAGACUCAAGGUGGAACACUUCCACAUCUUUGUAAUCUGUUAAUUCAUGCUUGAUUGCCUUGUUAAUUUGUCAAUCAAGGUCUAAUUUUAAAUGGUACAAAUGGUAAUAAUUUGUAAAUCAAGUUAGGGGACAGGCCUGUGGUUAUUUACGUGCCCAAAAUGAUGGUAACAGUGCUCAGAUGAUGCAAAAUUGGCCGAUGUUGGUACAAAUUCAAAAGUAUGUCAGUUGUUAUAAGGUAGUUUUGCUAGUAACAUAAAGAUAGCGUAAUUACAGUACCUUAUAGUAUGAUGAUUCAUUUAAAUUUUACUUAUUACAGUUGUAUUAUUUGUAAUAUACAGCAUGUCUUUGUGGUGCGGUGGUACAAGCCAUUAAAAGUUUCUACGGUUUAUGCCA